AUGAGGAGGGCUGGUUAUGAGGAUGAAUACGCUGAGCUGCGUUACAACCCAAACUGGAGAGUAGACUUGGGACAGCCCCGGGUCAUUGCCAUGAGAGGAAGCCAGGACGAAGAGCUUGGAGAAUCCCAUGGGAUGUCGGAGGAAAGUCCUCGAAAACCGUGGGAAGAGGAGGAAGAGAGAGAGGGGCCGGUCUUUAAUAAACACGCUCCCGCGGUUAGCUUUUCUUUGAGCAGGACCGAGACAGACUUGAAAACCAAACCAAAGCUGCCUUCGACACCAUACCGCAGAGAGAAGAUUCUUCAGCAAGGACCUUCAGCAUUGAACCAUGAGAGACAGAGCAAGCACGAGAGAGGAAGGGAGCGCAGAGCAAUGAGAAAUCACAGACACCCAGAGCCGCCACAUGAGUGCCACAGGGAUUCUGUGGAUGAUGUGGAAAUCGAGGAAGGGAUGAUUUUCAUGGUUCAGCAGUCGGAACACAGCAGUGGCACUGUAGAAAGCAAAGAGCAGGCCCACUGUAACGAAAAGCACGCUCACAAAUCUCAUGAGAAACAAGGGAAGCCCAGGGAGGACUUUGUGGAAAAAAACAAACUCACUCUUGGGAAGAAUGCACCAAAGCAGGGCUCGUAUCUGCACAAGCACAGCCAGAAGAGAGAGACAGGCAGUCAGCCACAGCAGGCGCUCCGAGCGGCCGAAGAGCCUCGCAGCAUUAGCAGCCAGGAGAGUCCGGAGGAAGUCUUGGACCCUGAGGAAAGAUGGCAACAGAGAGCGCAGGCGCUGCAGGUCCAGAAUAAAGUCAGAAAAGCUCCAAAGAGAGGUGGAAACAAUCAAACAGGCAGUAGAAAACCGCCCCGCCCUCCAGACUCCCAGAAUCACCGCGGCAGACAGCGCCAGAGAGUCCCUGUGGAUGUCCCUGAAGAAGGGCACCUGUUUCCAGAAAGCCACCCCUACCACAGCAGCCCUGCUCUUGCUGAUGUUCUAGUCAUUGACGACUUGGAUUCCCACCAGACGUCACCAUCAGGCAGCUACAGUUCCUCCAUGGCAUCCGCUUUGAACAGGUCCAGCUAUACGCCCCUCAAGCAGAAGGCACCCACAGUCAACCUAAACAUUAAUCUAAACACUUCUUCAGAUUUCCUGCCCUUUGUGAGUCAGGACCACCGGCAGACCUCCAUCAACCUGGCCCCUCCACAAGACUACCUGGGAAAAGCUGUCUUUCAGUCGCCCCGGGCCCGUUCCAAGCCUCGUUUUCAGGAGCACCCAAACCCCCAGGAGAUAAUCUCUCCUUUCUACCCACAGCAAUUCUCCAGGCCUCCACUGGCCUCACUGCCAAAUCCACAUCCUUCUUACAAAGACUUCCAAGGCUACCAUGACCAGAUCAGCCCAACAGUACCGCAGUACAGGGCUAGAGGGAGGCAAAGACAGGAUCCCACAGCGUGCUAUCAUCAUGAUACAAGGAAUGAUCACCACAGAGACAGGUUCUCACCACCGCACCAGAUGCCUUUUCACCAGAGGCAAAAUCUGGACCCAUGGUUUGGCCACUUAAAUCAGCCCAGCCAAUGGCCAGACGGCAGCCAGCCCCCCGAGCAGAGAGGGCGUUCCUUCACAGUGCUGCCGCCCAUAGGGCUCUCAGCCACCAGUGACUCCGAGCUUAGGGAGAGGGUGGGGGAGCCAGGGGGGGGCACCUUGCAGCGCAGUAGCUCUGAAGGGUACUUGGCACAAAUGGAAAAACAGAAGCAGCUCAAGGAAGGGGCAAACUACAAGGCCUACACACUGAGAGACUACAAAAACUUGAAACAGGAUGUACAGCUCGGAGGUCUUGGACGAAGUAACCAGGUGUCAGAGGAAACAGCAGAGAAAAUUAAACGGCAGAGACAUUAUUCAAAUCAGGUCAAAGAACAAAACAUGAAGAUGAGUAAAAAUCCCUACACGUCAACGAGUAAACCUCAGAGCAACGAGAAUACUGAAGACACUCCCAGGAAAAAGGCUUUGGAAUAUGCCAGGAACAUCCCUAAGCCCAAACCACCCCCACAGCCUAGGGGUGCAGCAAAGAAACCAACCAGGGGGGGCUUAAAUGAGCAUGCCCGGUAUUUGGAGGACUUAGACCUAUCCCAGCUUGCAACACUGGAGAUGCUACAGAGGCGCCACGAAGAGGAGAAGCAACUAGUGUCCACUUUCAGAGCGUUGCACGUGGCUUAAGAGCUCAGGCUACAUAUCGCAGGCAUUGUGCAAAAGCUUUCCUUAGUAAGCUUGGUAAGUCUGCUGCCAGGAUCGUCAGCACUUAGUAGAGAACAGCUUGUUUAUCAUCCUCACGUCGGAGCACUCGGGGCAGAGUGUGCUUUUAAUUGAACCUCCAAGAAAUCUCUUCUCUUUUAGCAAAUCAAACACAGACCUUUGCUCAUUCUACCUAGUGUUUGUUAGUGCCGGGACAAGCGUUUGAAUGUUAAAACAGGUUAAAAUGGAUUUUGCAAUAUGAAUAUCAAAUCCAUGCAAGUACAUAUUAUGCGUAAGAGUUCAAAUGUUGUUGUCAAAGCCCUUGA